UCAUCGCCGAGGACAUGGCCGGCCCCGUGACGGCAGCCGCAGCCGACAAGCUGACCGCCACCAUGUGCUACCUCGUCCCCGCGGCCCCGGGCACCCUCUCCCGCCUCCUCCGCACCGCCGCCGCCGCCCCCGACGGCUGGCUCCCGCUGUGGCGCCUCGAGGGGCAGCCCACAGGCGCGAUCUCGCGGCAGCUGACGAUCUGGGACUACUCACCUAAGCCCGUCGCGCAGGCCGAGGACGGGCGCGCGCUGACGUAUCCGGGGGUGCCCGUGCAGGCGCCCCGCGCGGCCGCCGCACGGCGCCACGCGCGCACGACGGCGCGCACGUACACCUGCGAGCAGGACACGCGCGCGCUCGCGCUGCGUCUUGCGGCGGCGCAGCUGCGCGCGCAGGCAGCGGAGGCGGACGCCGACGCAGCCGGCGCGGCGCGGCCGCUGCCGCCGCACCCGGCGGGCCAGCCGCGGGCGGUCGCGUCGUACUCGGCUGGUGGCGCGGCUGCCACGGUCAGCGUGUUGAGGCCGGCGGUUGCGAAGCUCGCGCUCGGGGCGCCAAACGUGGCGGUCGACGUCCACACGGCGCUCGAGACGGCCGCCAUCGAGCUCCAUUUAGACCUCGAGCCGGUCUCGGCCGCGGCCGCGUCGGCGGCGGCGGCCGGCGGCGCCGCCCCUGUGCGCGUAGGGCCACCCAGCGGGGUCGGGACGAUCUCUGUGGACUUUGGUGCGGCUGCCAGCUACUCCGCGGUUGUAGCGCUGCACGGGGGGUCGCACCGCCUCGCGCUGCUGAGCUCUGCGAGCACGGUGCUGCUGCGCGGCGCUGACCCGCCCGAGUGGGUGACGCAGCAGCUGCGCGCUGCCGACGCGGCCGCCGCCGGCAGCGCGCGCGACGUGCCGCCGGUCGCGGCGCUGCUGCGGAACGCGCAGGGCGAGCAGUGGCUGCUGUGCUGCGACGCGCUGGCGACGGCAAGCGUGAGCGCCAACCUCGGACGCCUCUGGCCGAAGCAGCCGCAGGGCCUGCGCUGCUGGCACAGCCGCGGGUCCCUCCUGGCGACCGUCCGUGAGCGCGGCGGCGGCGGCGCGGGCGGCAGCGCCGCCGCGCCGGGCCGCGGCCGGCUGCGGCGGUCGGGCAGCCUCGACAAGCCGCCGCCCUCUGCGCGGCGCGGGGAGCUCGGUCUGGCGUCGCGGCGGAUGCGGUUCCAGGACACGCUGUCCAGCCCGCUGACGACGCUCGAGGAGGUCGAGGCGGGCGCCUCGGUCGCCACAACCUCGGAGAUCAACUCGCUGCCGACGCUGUCCGAGGCGAACACCCUUGGGACGGGCGACACGCAGGAGGGAGGGAGCGUAACCAGCGCGGGGCUGGCGGCCGCGGCGGCGCAGUGGACGCUGCAGAGCGCGGUGCCGCAGUGGCUGACGUCGCUGCUGGACGCGGUCGCGGUGCCGUGGGCGUCGUCGGCGCAGGCGGCCGCGUGGCGCGUGCCGGAGGGGCUCGCGCUCGCGCGGCCGGCCCGAGCGGGCGGCAGCGUGGUGGCGCACACGGAGGCGCUGCCCGACACGGGGCUCAAUCGCGCGUUCCUCUGGUGA